UGUGGUUUUUAAUUGAAUUUUACUUACACCGGUAAUUAGUGCCCGAGAGUGUGAAUUUAGCAGAGUUGCAAAAACUAUAACGCCAUGGAAGCCAAACCACCGUCGGGAAGGCCAGAUACGGCGAAGGAGUUUCGUCUACCGGGGCCCAAGUUCAAAGAUGAAGUGCAAAAAUCGCUGGAUGAUUUCAGUAGGCAUUUGAAUCCACAUUUUUCUACGCCUACUGGUAUGUUGUUGCCUCGCGAAAUGCAGCCACCGCCGAUGUACGGUCCACGUGGUCCCACGCUUCCGCCACAGUUUUUGGCCCACAAUCGACGGAAGCGCCCGUCGUACGACCAACAGUACGGUCAGCCAGCCCAGAAACAGGCACAAUAUGAGCCUCGUUUUCAUCGGGGAGGUCACCAUCAGCGUCCACCGACGUCGUUCAGACACGGUAUCGACAGUAAUCGUCAUCGAUCACCGCGAGGAAACGAGGGCUUAGAGAAGGACGUUGUUCCGGCCUUGCUCCUCUUGAACUGGAAGCUUUGGUGUGAAGGUUGCGAUGUAAAUUGCAAAAGCGAGGAAGAAUAUCAACGACACAUUGAAAGCCAUCGACCGUGCGAAGUGCCGGGCUGCACUUUCGUUGGCCAUCCGAUGGUGAUGAAGAAACACGCCAGGAAGGUGCACAGCGAGGAGAAUACCCACGAGUCCCAACGUGCUAUGCCUUCGCCGGAAGAAAUUGAACAGUGGAAAGAGGAACGCCGCAAACGCUUUCCGACAAAGCAGAACAUCAUCCUGAGACAGCUGGCCCAAGAGGAACGGAUAAAGCGAGGCGAGCGAAUCGGUGAAAACAAGGAACGCUUUCCUCUGAAACCUGGAGCAAACAGACCACCACAAGAUGGGUUUAAGGAUGGGCCCAAGCCGAAGAAACGUAACAGACGAGGUAAAAAGCCAGUACCACAAGUGGAAGAUCAGUCGACAGCUAGGACAAUGUUUGCCGGAACAUCCGGAUUGGAUGAUUACAUCAAACCGGUUGCAAGCUGUUUCUCAUUGCUGCAAGACUACGGAAGUGAUAGCGACAAUGUGUCUGAGGGGAAUAGUGAAUGUGAAGAGGCCGUUGACGCGAUAAAGGAAACCGAGACUAAGGGGGAGCCAUCUCCGGUUCAGAAGGUUGAUACAGUAGAAAAGAAGCAGGAAAUUGAGACUCCAGUAGCAAACACGUUAGUGGAAGUUAAUGAAGCUGAACAGUUGCAGGGUAAUAUCAAAGAAAAGGUCGACGUAUCAAAGGGAAAGCAACAAGAAAGGAUUCUAGAAACCAAUGCGAUAGAGAAGUCGAACAAGCAAAACCCGAAGAAACAGUUCAAUCGCAAUCAGGCGCACAAUAGUAAGCAAAAGCAGGGAACAGAGGAAUCUCGGGUUAAGUCAGCACCAAAGCGUCAAUAUCUGCUGGAUUAUUCAAAGUUGCGUAGGUCUAAUCAGAAUACAAUGUUGGAGAAAUUAUUGGACGCGGACAUUCGACACGAGCGCAAUGUGCUACUGCAGUGCGUUAGGUACGUGGUAUCGAAUAACUUCUUCGGAGUGGGACAACCGAAAGUAGAAAUCGAUGGUGCCACAGAAACUCAAACUGAUGGCUCAUCGUCGACCCAAGACGAUGCCAUGUCCAAGGUUGAAAAUCUUGGAAUUACAUCUCAACAAACUGAUGGUCAAACGUCGAACAACAGCACCGAAGGUACCGAAAGCGAGGCCAACAGUACGCAAAACGAAACCGUUCAAGCGUCUCAAAGCGAUGGUACUGUAACGUCGGAAAGCAAGGUUGAUGUUAAAGAAUAAAAAGGUUUUUUUUUAUUAGAUUCGAUAAAUAUUAUCUUUUGCUUGCUCUUUACAUUAAAACUCCGGCGGUCGUGGAUGAGGCGUUUUGACCGACCCGGUUAGACUGCAUCCGGUUCGCUUGUAUGUAGCGCAGCUUGCAC